GGAAGCACAAUCGGUUUAGGAAAGGGCUGGUAUGUGAGUCAGCUUAGAUAUUAGCAGGAAGAAAAAUGACAGAACUGUUGGCUGGGGUUUAUCCUGGUUGUGCGUUGGUGAUACCAUGGUCCUCCUCCCUUCUCUUUCUAGUGGCGCUGCCAUCUGCAGCUAGGCUAGCACAGCGCAUCGUGCGUCACAAGAUCGACCGGACGUCGGUUGAGGCUUCAUGAGCGAUUGGUAAUCCCAUCUCUUGCCUCGCCAUGCGCCGACAUGAUGGGGCUGGUUGUUAGGAGACGGCGCGGCAGACAAGGUCGCGUCGACAAAACGGGACGAGCUAACACGGCAGAAUGUCUCAGCUUGGCAAGUGAUGCCGUACGACUGUUGCCACAGGAUCGUGAUCGAGUGUACGGUGGCAGUCGGUCGAUGAGAUGGGGGGGUUGCAGGGCGAUGCGGCAGAUUGACGGGAGCUGUGUUCCUUUCGAUGCGCCAUGGGUCGGUUGUGCCCCCUCUCCUGUGUCUCUGGUGUGCCGCACGGCUUGUACUGUGAUAUGCUGCAUCGUGACUGUGUCCGCCUCGCUUUGCGUUGUGUCACAACGAUCUCCAGCGAUCUUCCCUGGAGACAACACAACCCAACACAUGGCGGCAUCAGGCUGUCUGUCAGUGUGUCCGGCCGAGCCGUUGGGUCUUGACAUGGCCGCGGUGAAAGUUUUGGUUGGGCUCUGCUCACCUAGCCGGUUAGCCACAGAUGUGACAAGUAGGCAGAAGAGUGAUGGUAACUGUGAGGGAUGCGGAUGUUGUGUCACGACCUUGACGGCGAGGAAAAGAGACAACCGCCGGAGACACGGCUCGCAGCGGUUGCAGCCAAGUCGGUCGGGGCCUUCGCGCGGCCGCUCUCCGUUUCUCCUCGGCGGAGAUUUGGAGCCUGGCCGCUACCGACUGGAAUAAGACCCCCAGAAGGCCAUGUUGCUCGACCUACCCAGACGAGGCAGGGGUUUCUGAAACGAAAGGUUUGUUGUCUAAUUUUUAAUUUCAGGGUGCCAGUGACAAUAACUG